UGAUUCGAAAGGCAGACACAUUCUUUCAUCUCUGGUAAUCCUCAUCUGAUACAGGAUUUUCCUGCCAUUAAAUCUGGAGAAAGAAAAAUAAGCACUCGAACCUGCACAAGCAACUAUUUCUCCUGGACUCCUGCUCACCAUCUCCCCCACCCCCACUCCCCUUUACUUCUCUGCUGGACCAUUUUUUAGCAUCUGUGGCUGCCAGACUUGGGAGAUGGAUGGGCUUGGGGAGCCGAAGGGUGCCUCGGAGGAGAAGCAGGACCAGGCAGACCCCCAGGACAGUAGGGAUUCCACAGCUGGGUGGUUCUAAGCCACCAGGUGCAUGAAAGGCCACGGGAUGCUGGUCCUGCUGCUGCAUGCGGUGGUUUUCGGCCUGCCUAGGGCCUGGGCCGAGGAGGCCUGCACGCGCACCUGUCCCGCCGCCUGCGCCUGCAGCAGUACCGAGCGCGGCUGCUCCGUGCGCUGUGACCGCGCCGGCCUCCUGCGGGUGCCGGCCGAGUUUCCGUGCGAGGCGGCCUCCAUCGACCUGGACCGGAACGGCCUGCGAUUCCUGGGCGAGCGGGCCUUUGGCACGCUGCCGUCGCUGCGCCGCCUGUCGCUGCGCCACAACAACCUGUCCUUCAUCACGCCCGGCGCCUUCAAGGGCCUGCCGCGUUUGGCCGAGCUGCGCCUGGCGCACAACGGCGAGCUGCGCUACCUGCACGCUCGCACCUUCGCCGCACUCAGCCGCCUCCGCCGCCUCGACCUGGCGUCCUGCCGCCUCUCCACCGUGCCCGAGCGCCUCCUGGCCGAGCUGCCCGCCCUGCGCGAGCUCACCGCCUUCGACAACCUCUUCCGCCGCGUGCCCGGCGCGCUGCGCGGCCUGGCCAACCUGACGCAUGCGCACCUGGAGGGCAGCCGCAUCGAGGCAGUGGCCUCCAGCUCGCUGCAGGGCAUGAAGCGCCUGCGCUCGCUCAGCCUGCAGGCCAACCGCGUCCGCGCCGUGCACGCAGGCGCCUUUCGCGACUGCGGCGCCCUGGAGCACCUGCUGCUCAACGACAACCUGCUGGCCGAGCUGCCCGCCGAAGCCUUUGUAGGCCUGCGCCGCCUGCGCACGCUCAACCUGGGCGGCAACGCGCUGGGCCUUGUGGCGCGCGCCUGGUUCGCCGACCUGGCCGAGCUUGAGCUGCUCUACCUGGACCGCAACAGCAUCGCCUUCGUGGAGGAGGGCGCCUUCCAGAACCUCUCGGGCCUCCUCACUCUGCACCUCAAUGGCAACCAUCUCACUGUGCUGGCCUGGGCCGCCUUCCAGCCUGGCUUCUUCCUGGGCCGCCUUUUUCUCUUCCGCAACCCGUGGCGCUGUGACUGCCGCCUGGAGUGGCUGCGGGACUGGAUGGAGAGCUCCGGGCGCGUGUCCGACGUGCCGUGCGCCGCCCCGGGCUCCGUGGCCGGCCUGGACCUCAGCCAGGUGGCCUUUGGGCGCUCUUCCGAUGGCCUGUGUGUGGACCCCGAGGAGCUGAACCUCACCGCAUCCAGUCCAGGCCCGUCCCCAGAGCCAGAGGCCACCACCGUGAGUAGGUUCAGCAGCCUCCUCUCCAAGCUGCUGGCCCCGAGGGCCCCAGUGGAGGAGGUGGCCAACACCACCGAGGGGCCGCUCAACGCCUCCCUGUCCGACAGCCUUCCCUCCGCUGGGGUGGUUGUCUCGGGCCACAACCCCCGGUUUCUCCUCGGCUCUGGUCUCCUGCUCAGCGCGGCCCAGCGCGUGGUGUUUGUCCUACAGGUGGACUAACUUGCCUCCCUGGAGUAGCCCAGAUGGCCGUGCCCAGUGGGGGAAAGUGUAGUUAACUGGCCUCCGGGGUGUGUGUGGUGGGGGGAGAGGGGAACAGGAUGGGGGCAAGUGAUGAAAAUUCCAGCCCAGGAUGGAAAGGACAGUUUACUUUCAGAGAUGGCUCUAGGAAGAGGAGAACCCUGGGCAACGCCACGCCGGGGAUGGGGUGGAGGUGGGGAGAGGAAUGGAUUUCUGCUCAUGUCACAUGGGCAUCAAUUGGAGAAGAGAAGCCAGAGCCCUCCAGUGAGAAGAUUAGGAAUCGGAAGCCCUUAGGGCUACAGGGUUCUACCGCCAUCUCUUGCCCGCAUCUUCCAGGAAACCGAGACUGCAGUGCUUGAAUUAGAGUCAAGCCAGUGGCUAAGUACUAAGAACUGUGCCAGUUUUCCUGGUGGGACAGCCCAUUAAGCCCAGUUCCUUUGUUUUCUACCACAGUUGCCCUCCCUCUCACCCAGGGGCAUGGGACACUAGAGUCCAGGAAGAUGGACAGAACAGGAGAGAAGGGGGAUGUGAGAGGAACUUAGACCCAAGGGGUUGGCAGUGGUUCCUGGGGUCUGGAAUGUGUUAGGCAUUGAAAACAAAGAUUCAUUUCACUUACUCCACAGUUAUUCCCAGGGGUGGCCUUAGCCACAAAGCAACUUUAGGGCAGGGUAGAGAAAAAAAGGGGAAUGGGGUUUUCCGUGUACAAAUAAGUGUGUAAAAUCCUAAGAUUAAAAAAAGAAGUUAGACAAGUUUCUGUACUGCAGGACUUUUUAGAGUCUUUCAUAUGCAAACAUGCAUUGUGAAUCUCCAGGGAGGCCACAAAAUCCUCUUAGGUUUUGUGGGAAGAGUGUCGGGAAGACAGAGAUGCAGGGCAGGGAGUCUCCAGCUUGGAUGAUCCCAUUAGGUGCAGAAAUUAUUAUGGGCAGCACACUUUGGGGCUGACUAAUGGCCAGGAGGCAAGGAGGCAGCCAGUAGCUGGGAAGGGGACCACAGAGAUUUCCCAGGGUGGGAGUUGGCCAACUGUAAGCCCCCAGGCCUGAGAGCCAGAACAAAAGCUGUAUGUCUACUAAAAUACUUGCUCACACUCCUGUCCACACACAAGUAACAAUGACGGUAUUUGUCAACAUGCUCGAAAUCCCUAGAUUUUUGUUUUUUUUUGUGAGUAAAGCGAUAGGGUUUUUUUUUAAGUGAGGAUACAGAAAAAGCUCUCAUGAGUGAGAGGGUUCCCAACAGGGUUGCCCUCGAAAUCUCUAGUUUUAAUGUCCUGAAUUCCUGUGUUUGAAGAGCUGGGUUUUCAAAGCCCACAUAAUUCAGGGUGCGCAAAACUGUCAGGUCUUCGUGGUGAUAGUACUUCUUCUUUGUCUGUAGGUCAUACUGGGUAUUAGAAAUGUUGCAGAAAGCACCUCUGACGGUAGGAGUGUUCGAAUGGGUUGUGACCAUUUGUGGUCAGUCACCUCAGUGGGUCACAACCAGCAUUUAAAAAAACAAGAUAGAACAGAAAAGUCACAGAGUCUUACGUGGUAUUGUUUUGUGAAACUUUAUUGAAUUUGUAUGCAUUUGUUCAGAUGAUAUGUGUAUGUGUGUAUCUUGUGUCUGGAUCACUGCAUACAAUUUAUAUUUUAUUGUGGGCUAUUGUUAAGAAAGUUUGAAAGUCACUCUUCUGGAGCAUGCAUGAUUUUUUGAAACUUUAUUUUGAAAAGUCUCAAACCUACAGGAAAGUUGCGAGGAUAGUAGAGUGAACACUUUGGCCAUUCACCUCGGUUUUCCCGGUUGUUCACAUUUUACUGCAUUUGCCGUAUAUAGUUGGAGUUAGUUGUAAACUUCACAGCCCUUCACCCCUAAAACCACAGCAUGUAUUUCCUAUCAGGAGCAUUAUCACUGAUAGAAUACUAUUGUUGAAAAUCUACUCUGUCUUGAAAUUUCAGCUGUUGUCAAAAUGAUUUUUUAGGCAGCCAUUCUUUUUCCUCUGAGUGGAAAAAAAGGUUUCUUGUGUUCCUUUGAUCGCGAUACUCAAAAUUCCAAAUCUGCCGAUUGACUUUAAUGUUUUAAAAUGAAUUCAUUCUCCAAAUGCCUUACUUUUCAAAUGCGAGAACCAGAUGAGGUCAGAAAUGUUGUUUGUUCAAACCGUGUGUUGUGGCCAUGGUAACUGGGUAAAGAUCAUGAGAAUCCUGGAGACCAGAUCGCGCUUGGGCAACCAUGGAAGUCCGUGGCAGACAUGCAGCCCGUGUUACUGAGGAACAAGAUGCCGCCUCGGGAGGAAUGUCCUUCCUUUCAUUUGGAGCCGGUUGCCGAGAGUCAGUCUCCAUUCUGCUGCUCCAGUUCUGCCUGGUGGUUAGAUGACCAGCUUUUUAAUGAACAUUUGUUUGACUGAAUGUUUUUGAACAAGUCUCAACACUGAAAUAGCCUCCGGGGAGACAAAUUUUUAUAGAACUACCCAGCCCAGUAGAAUUCUGGGAACGUGGGAGUGAGUUACUGCUAACAGAUCCAGAGUCUCCUGGAACAGGUUCCCAGUGAAGUGUGGCCAUUAUGAGCUUUCGUGAGAGAACAGGAAGUGGAGUUCCCAGUUUUGAGUUCAUUAAGUUGCCCACCCCAUCAUUGGCUAAUAGUACCUUGAGAAAUCCUAAGGGGCUAUGGAUUCUGUUCAGGAAAACGAGGCAUACCUGUCUGGAUGGACCAUUUUAUGCUGUGGUAACAACAAACAAUCCCCAAACUCCAGUGGUUUCCUGAAGGUUAUUUCUCGCUUAUGCACAUAUCCAACCCGGGCUGAUGCGCUCUGCUCACGCACCCAAGCUGAUGAAGCAUCUGCUGUUUUCAGACACUGUUAUCCAAACACGAGCUUUAGGGUUUGCUGCAACAGAAGGAAAACUUGGGAGAAGCAUGCAUCGCUCUCAGAUGCUUCCACCCAGAUGUGACUUGUGUCGCUUCUCACCCUUCAUUGGCCAAAAAUGUCACACGGCCACACUUAACUUCCCCGAGGUAGGGAAGUGUGGUUCUCCUGUGUGUCCGGAGAGAGAGGAGAACUGGGAAUGUUGAUGAACACGAGCGGUGCUCCAGAGCAGCUCCAGGCAGCUCACCUGAUUGAGAGAGUCAAGCCUGGACUUCUCAGAACUGUCAGGAGAAAUAGAGGCUCGAGGGGGAAAUCUGGCGGGCGAGCCAGUAGCCUCAGUCUUUUCUCUCCUCCAGGCAUCCCAGCUAGGCUUUGAAGACAGUAUUUGCUCUAGCCAGUAGGAAGGCUGUGGCCUCACUGAAUUGGUUCUUUCAAGAAAGGGAAGGGAAGCACUGGGGCGCCUGGGUGGCUCAGUCUGUUACGCGUCUGCCUUCGGCUCAGGUCAUGAUCCCAAGGGUUCCUGGGAUGGAGCCCCGCGUCGGGGCUCUCUGCUCAGCGGGAGCCUGCUUCUCCCUCUCCCUGUUGCUCCCCCUGCUUGUACUCUUUCUCUCUCUGUCAAAUAAAGAAAAUCUUAAAAAAAGAGGGGGGAGAGAAGACGUCGAGAUAAAAGGUUCAUAUUUUCCCCUUUAAAAAAUGUUUUCCACACAAACACUCAGCUUACAGUAUUCAAAUCUUUGGAAGCUCGAUCUUUGGAAAAUUCCCUCUCAGCAAGCUCCUUGGCUAUUUCUAAGAGGUCUCCCUGCCUACGUUUCAUGAGGACGAUCAAAACCCCCAUCCACCCACCUCUGUGUCAGGCCCCCAAAAUGCUGCCCUCUAGAGGGCACUUGUCUGCUGGGCACAGCUGCCCUUGGCCAUUGGCUCCCUCUGCCCCUUCACUCUGACUUGGAGAAAGGGGACCCUGUUCUCCCCUUCAGUCCUCUGGCCACAGGACAGCUGAGGUUCCACCCCUGAAGCCUUCACAGCACAAAAGUGAAGGAGGCUUUUCCAAAGGGUUGGGUGUAAUGGAAGAGAAGUAAGUAGCCCCUCUGACUAGUGUUGGAUGUGGCUUUGGCGGAAUCGGUAGCCAUCAAACCCCUUGGGGGCCCAUGUGGCUGGGCUGGCUUAAUUCCUUCCCAU